GAUACAGACCUGAUGACAUUCAAUAUCUCUGUACACCGGUCAUGGUGGAGGGAACAUGGGCCUGGUUGUGUCCGUAGAGUCCUGCCUCCAUCAGCCCACGGCAUGCUGGAUGAUUACACAUACGUCUCCGUCACGGGCUGUGUCGUCGACUUCCAGUACCUCGAGGUCAUCCACAGCGCUGUCCAAAUAUUCCUCUCACUGGUUGGUUUUGUGUACGCCUGUUAUGUGAUCAGUGUUUCUAUGGAAGAAGAAGACACCUUUGAUUUCAUAGGUGGACUUGAUACACACUCCUACUACCAGGAUCAUGUUGAGUUAAAGCCUGUUAAACCUGUCGAAAUAAGUAAUGAUAUUAACUCAGAAAUGCGGCUGCUGAACUUGACCUAAGGGAAAAGCACCACCGUCCACGAGCACCAGGUGGAUCCGACACGCACCACCUUCCUUCAAGGGAAUGAACUCUGCCUCCCUGCUUUCCCUCGGAUCGCGGAGUCCUCAGCUCACAGCCCGUGUGUUAUUAGCAUUGUUUGCUAGAUGCGUUCUAGGUGCUUGGGUGGGUAUUUUUUUAGUCAUUUUCUUCUUAUAUGAAAACUUGUAAAUUGUAAAAAAAAUGGUUUUUAAUUUUUUUAACAAUAUUUAAUGUGAGGCAUGCAUUACAAAAAAAAAAGUCUGUGAAAACCUAGUCAUUUCUAAGAGAUAUAUCAGUGUGUGUGUUGCUUGAGGUGUGAAGUCAGCGCUGCUGACCGCUGAGGUUACCCUAGGCCAGGGGCGUCCACCCUGGCAGACACUGCCCAUGGUCACCAGACACAGGCAGAUCCCGUGACAGAUGAUAUCUGGUACAAAUAAUGGAUCCAGCUCUCAUACCGACUAUGGAAAACUGUUUGAACACCACAAGGCAAAAUAUGGAGUCCCCCUUCUUUCCUACCUUCUCAAACUCAGAACAGCAUGACAGCAACCUAAAUCUUCAGAGCUGUACCUGACAUCUUGUUCUUGUAUUUUGAAAAAAAAAAAAGUGUGUGUUAAAGAGUAAAAUGAUUGUGGGACUCCUUUCUCCUUUGAAGGGAACAAAUGCAUCUCCGAGGCCCAUGCUGAGUUCUAUACAAACACUUCUAAAGAAAACAUUUGCAUUGAGAUACAUCAGCUUUUCUUUCUCCUCCCCCUUCACAAUAACCAAGAAAAUGAUAUUGUGAAGAAAAGGACUGCCUUGAGAAUACAUUGUAAUUUUUUUAAUUGACAUAAAAUUUACAUGGGAUAAAAUGCACAGACGUUAAGUACAGAAUUUAAUUAAUUUGGAAAUAUGUAGACACUCAAUCAAUGUCUCCAUCAAAAUACAGAACAUUCCUAUCACUUUAAAACACUUCCUGAUGCCCACUUUCCGAUUAAUUCCCACAUUCUCUAGACAAUCAAUGUGCUGUUUUCCCAUUGCUUUUCUCUCUUCUCAGUAUACUGUGCAUGUGUUUUUUUCACAUCACUUUUUCCCAUAUCCCUCAAUUAUUAUUCCCAGUGUGAAAGUAAGUUUUGUUCACUUUGUACGCCAGCCAGAGCGAAGGUCACAGAGUUGUGCACAUGUGCACUAUUUAGUACAGAGAUUGUUAACUAGGUCUCUGCCUCUCUAGAAAGUCUAUAAACAGCCUAAAGUUGCUGCAAAUAUUUGCAUAUGUGUAGAUUUCUUUUUUCUUCUUCCUUUCUGGAGGCUAUGGAUUUCAUGGGACUCUGAAAAAUCAAAACUUAGUAUCACAAAGUUUUCCCUGAUUCUUCCCAGUUUAUAACAAGCACAGUGGACUUUCUAGUGAGUGGUGUGCCUCUGUCAAAUGCUGCCCAGUUACUCCUACCAGCGUUCCUCCUAUUGAGUAAAAUCAGAUUAAAUGAAGAGGCACUAGCACCUUGAGAAUGAGGCAAUCUAAGCGGCCAUUCUGUAAUCCAGGGAGAGGAGCCCUGGGGCUUUGGUGCACUGGUCGAGAACCCUGGUUUUAUAUGGAGGACCAAGACCUAUGGCCAAAGGCAAAAAAUGGGAAGAGGGCAAAAACUGAGGCGUGGGUCCCAGUCUACUACUGUGGUAUUAGACCAUGUUUGCUAUCUUAGCAGUCUUCUGCAUUUAUGAAGAACUACGAUCUCUACCUCCCAAAGGUGAGGUGAGGAUUUGAUAACAAACGUUAAAAAAAUCUAUAGACUGUGAAACAUUCCACAGUUGGAAAAGGCAGUUAUUAUCAGUACUGCCAAGGCACUAAAUUGGUCUAAUUUGGAGGACCUAUGACUCGCUCAAGUGCCGUGAAAGCUGACAGCAACAACAAACUUUUCUGCUUCCUAAAACCGGUUGGGAAAAUUGCCCAUGUUUAAACAAUGUGAAGUAACGAAAAUGAAAAAUUCCUUUUUUUAAUUACAAAACUAGUAUAAAUCAUUAUUAUUUAAAAA